UUCACAUUACUUAAUGAAUGUCAUUAUUUUACUUGCAGGUCAAUCUGGAUAAUAUGGAAAGCAAUGAUAUGUACACGAUGCUGGUUUAAAACAGUAAGUUGUCUGACCAGUGUUUAAAGUCACAUUACCAGGAUGUUCCAUUUCUAGAGAACUGUUUAUGAAAUAAGUCAUUAAACAGAAGUGAAUGCAUAAUCUUGUUGUGACCACUUCAACCCACACACAUGUCAAUGUCUGACAUUAUGUGGCUUUUUUAUAGCUACCAAGUUACUAAAUUAGGAUGCAUAAACAAUGUAAUGGAUUUCGUACAGUUUACAUUGCAUCCCGUUAUUUCCCGAAAUUAAGGCAUACUUAAUUAUGUUAAAAUGACAAUAAAAUACAAAAACAUUGAAGCAAUGUAUGUUCAAGAACAAUCUAUUGUGUUCUUUUAUUCAAAUGGUGGAUGAGGAUUUUAACCGAGAGAUAAAGAUGCUAGUUUAGAACUAUAAAAUCUCUCUCUGUUCAUAGAAUAUGUUAAGUUCUUUCAAUUUUUUCAAUACAAAAAAUGCCACAUACAAAACUGAAUCUGCAGAGACCGGCGAAAAAUCAUUUGAUCUCGACAUUGAUCUAGAGGAUUUACUUGCUAGUUUAAGUAAUACAACUGAAGUAAGCUUACAAAAUAUCACCGAGAGUCUCUUAAAAUCAUCUCUAUGGCCUUCACUGCAGCCAUACAAUUGGAAGGAGCAAGCAGAAAAAAUUCUUCAACAACCAGAAUACAUCGUAAUUCUAAUACUUUGUAUAUUUGCACUGCUUACGAAUAUUUUAUCAAUUAUCGCGGUCUCUCAUAUAAAGCACUCGCUAACGACUCAUCUGAAACUAAUUAUUAACUUGGCAGUGUCUGAUAUUAUAAUUGUUAUUAGUGUGUUAAUUCACAUUGUGAAUAAAAUUUUCAACUACACAAUGUCACCUUUGACUAUUGGAAUGACAAAACCAAAUACACGUUUGCUUAAUUCGUGCUUUUUCGCAAGUAUCAACUCAUUAAACAUUAUGUCAUUUCUUAUAGUGCUGCUCAACCUAUUAGCUAUGGCUAUGGACCAUUAUAUAGCUAUUAUGAAACCAUACAGGUACCCUUAUAUCAUGUCAAAAAGGAAUGGAUAUAUUCUUAUUGCCUGCAUGUGGCUGUUAGCAGCACUUGGCGGAUUUUCUAACUUUAUAUUCGGGACAAUAGGGUAUCAUUCACAGACUCUUUUUAACAUUUGUGAAUAUAUAAUGUAUGACAAUUACCAUGCAGAGUAUCUGAUAUUUGGAGUAACCUUGAUUUGCUUAUUUGCGAUCAUAUUUAUAUACAUGCGCAUUUUCUUUGAAGUGCGUAGAAUACAAGCAAAAAUGCAAUUUACGCGGUGUUUUACAUUGCAUAACAAAAAGGCAUUAAUCACAACACUCCUAAUCAUCGGAACUUUUAUAUUAUGUUGGAUGCCAAACUGUAUCUUCCAACUGACAAUGAUCGUGGAAAUACACAUUAACAAAAGAAAUGUGUACAAACUAUUUGAUACAUUCUUGUUAGUAAGUAAAUACUUAUAUAUACUACAACUUGCAAAUUGUCUCUUUGACCCUAUCAUUUAUGCUGUAAGACUUAAAAUUGUAAAAAAGGGUUACCUCAAUUUUUUAAAACGUCUGCAAAAUAGUUUCAAUAAAACAAAAUCUUUUGUUCGAAAAGUAAAUAAAUCUAGGACACAAACGGAAACAUUACGACGGAGAACUUUCACUAGAGUGCCGAUUGAAGUAGUGACUGAUGCACAGCCUCAUUUUGACAGUGAAAUUCAAACAGCGGAUUUUGAUAAUAAACCGUUUCUUAAAAUGUCCGAUGAAAGUGAUGUUAAUGAUAAUGAACUGAUACCUAUGGUAACGUUUCAUGAACAUUCCGCAGCAGCUUCCGGACAGGAGCAAGAAUCAACAAUGCAAGAAAUCGUUCCCAUAGUUACUAUACAUUCCGAUUCAAAUUUUCAAUCAGAAAAUGAAACUGGACACUCAAUGCUACAAAAUAACAGUACUACCUCAUUCAUAGUGGAAAACCAAGUUAAAGUGCUCAAUUCGGAUUGA